GGAGUCCUCUCUUGCUCCUCGGUCUGUCUGCGGCUCUUCAACAUCAUAAAAAAACCCUAAAACCCGCCAAACCACCCCCACAAAGAGGGGUGAGAGUGAGAGAAAGAUUAAUCAGAACAAAAGAAGAAGCGAUCUGAAUUCAAAUCCAAAUAAAGAAAAUCAUAACCUAAUACUCUCUUCUCUCUCACCUCUCUUUUCUUUUUGUUCUUGCGAUAAGAAUCUAAAAGCUCAGGCUUCAAAUCGGCAAUGGCAUCUGUAGAACAACAAGUCCCUGCUGGAAUUGCUACUCCUACUUCCGAUGUUGUCGGUAAUGCCUUUGUUCAUCAAUACUACCUUAUCUUACAUCAAUCCCCUGAGCUGGUUCACCGGUUUUACCAUGAUAGCAGCAAACUUGGCCGCCCCGAAGAAAAUGGCGGCAUGAGUAUUACAACUACUAUGCAAGCCAUCAAUGAGAAGAUACUCUCACUUGGUUAUGGAGAAUUCACUGCAGAAAUAACAACUGUAGACGCACAAGACUCUCACAAUGGAGGAGUACUUGUUCUUGUGACUGGGUAUUUAACUGGAAAGGACAAAGUGAAGAGGAAAUUCACUCAGAGUUUCUUUUUGGCACCUCAAGACAAGGGCUAUUUCGUUUUAAAUGAUGUUUUUAGAUUUGUCGAUGAUACGAAACAUCAACCUGGGAGCCAGGACCCAGUUAAUGGUUUUGAGGCUUCUCUUACUCCUGAGCAAGACCAUUCUCCUGUUCCAGAGAAUCACAUUGAGCAACCGGCUGCAUUGCCUGAAGAAUGUAAUGGACCAGAAGUGUACAAUCCUUCCGAGAAUGGAGAUGGCUGUAUUGAGGAAGAGGAAUCACCAGUGGCUGAGGUUGUUGAUGAGAUUCCUGAUGAUUCAAAGAUGGUUUCUGAUUCUAAGCCUGAAAUGGAGGAACUGCCAAAGAAGUCAUAUGCGUCUAUUUUAAAGGUUUUGAAAGAGAAUGCAGUCCCUGUAUCGGCACCUACACAUCCCCCUGUGAAGCCUGCAGUUAAGAGCCAGGAGCAUCCUCGAAUUGCUGCACCACCUUCUGCUCCAAUGCCUGCCUCUGAUGCUCAGGUUUCUAGCAACAAUGUUACUGAAAAUGGGAAUAAUCAAGAUGCAGAGGCUGAGGGUCCCUCUGUCUAUGUCAAAGGUCUGCCCUUGAAUGCUACACCUGGCAUGCUGGAGAAUGAAUUUAAGAAGUUUGGACCUAUUAAGAGUGGUGGUAUUCAAGUUCGAAGUCAGAAGGGGUUCUGUUUUGGUUUUGUGGAAUUUGAAAUGGCAAGUUCUGUGCAAAGUGCUAUAGAGGCUUCACCUAUUAAUGUUGGUGGACGCAAAGCAGUUGUUGAAGAAAAGCGGUCUACCUCCCGAGGGAACAAAGGGCGGUCUUCAUCUGUUUCUGGGGCUGGAUAUAGAACUGAGGGAGCAAGGGGGCGCGGAAACUAUGGUGGUGGAAGGGGUUAUAACCGGGGUGAAUUUGGAAACAGGAGCAGCAAUAGAGGAGGAUAUUCCAACCGUGGAGGUGAUGGAUAUCAGAGGGGUGAGCACAUGGGGGGUAAUGGUGGCCGUGUGAGCCGCUCUGGUGAAGCAACUUUUAAUGCAUCAACAAAGACUGUGGCACCAAGGGUAUCUGUCCCUGCUUGAAGAAAGUAAUCCAGAGGGGAGUAGUCAAACAGUUUGUUUGUAGUGUAGUGAUGUAUCAAAUUGUUGCGUAGCAUUUAGUGGAAAGAACCGACUACUUGGCAGAGGAGGCAGAGGAGUGCAUCUGAGAUUUAGGGUUUUUUUUUAACUUCCCCUUUUGUCCAUUUUGUCAUUCUAUAAAUAUAUAAUAGAGAGAGAUUUUUAUUGAAAGGUAUGGUCUUUGCCUGGAUAAUACAUUAAAUUCAUGUUUUCAGUCCAACUGAAAUGAUUAGUCAUUUUGGAUGGGUUUUGGGAAGAUGUAGGUGAAUUAAUAAUAGUUCAUGACUGCUUUCCUGGGUUUUUGGACUUA